UAAAGAUUUAAAAGGUUGAACUUGAUGGACGUGUGUCUUUUUUCAACCUAACUUACUAUGACACUAGGAUUAGCUCCUACCUUGGACACAGUCAGUCCAAGGGGACCCCUCAAAUGCUUGGAGUCCCAAUUACAGCAAGCAAUGAGAGCGAGAGUAGAAUGAGGGGACAGUCUUAAAGGUGUCUUUGAUUAUAGAAUUUAAGUAUAAUACAGACAUUAAUGGCUUAAGGCAAAUUUCAGUUGGUCUUCUUUUUCUUUUGCAUGGGUUUUCAACAAUUACCCCUAUUAACUAAUAAGUGGACUAUAUGAUUUUUUUCAUGUUCUCAUUACUUUUUGUUACUUCUUAUUUUUUAGACUGUCAGUUCACUGCCUGGUUGCUAGGGUAAGGGGGCCUAGCAAUUUGAAAAGUUUUUAACUCGCAUAAAACUCAAACAAAAACACAUAUGGGUUAAGGUUUUCCAUGUUAUCAUGUUAUUGUCUCCCCCAGAACCCGUCUCUAGUAUUGUGCAAAAUGUGCCUGACUUGAGGCAGGUAGGUCGGAGUCAUUGGAGGAGCUGAUAGUGGGCGUCAUUGGAGGGCUGGAGGUGGGUGGGUGGGAAUCAUUGGAGGAGCUGAGUGCAGGACUGAAGGCAGAUUGGUGGGAGUCAUUGGAGGAGCUGAGUACAGGGCUGGAGGCACGUAGGUGGGUAUCAUUGGAGGGCUGGAGGCAGGUAGGUGGGAAUCAUUGGAGGAACUGAUAGUGCAGGGCUGGAGACAGGUGGGUGGGAGUCAUUGGAGGAGCUGAGUGCAGGCUGGCGGCAGGUAAGUGGGCAUCAUUGGAGGGCUGGAGGCAGGUGGAUGGGAGUCAUUGGAGGGCUGAAGGCAGGCAGGUGCGAAUCAUUGGAGGAGCCGAGUGCAGGGCUGGAGGCAGGUGGGUGGGAGUCAUUGGAGGAGCUGAGUGCAGUGCUGGAGGCUAGUGGGAGUCAUUGGAGGAGCUGAGUGCAGGGCUGGAGGCAGUUGGAUGGGAGUCAUUGGAGGAGCUGAGAGCAGGGCUGGAGGCAGGUGGAUGGGAGUCAUUGGAGGAGCUGAGAGCAGGGCUGGAGGCAGGUGGAUGGGAGUCAUUGGAGGAGCUGAGUGCAGGGCUGGAGGCAGGUAGGUGGGCAUCAUUGGAGGGCUGGAGGCAGGUAGGUGGGAAUCAUUGGAGGAGCUGAGUGCAGGGCUGGAGGCAGGUGGGUGGGAGUCAUUGGAGGAGCUGAGUGCAGGGCUGGAGGCCGGUGGGUGGGAGUCAUUGGAGGAGCUGAGUGCAGGGCUGGAGGCCGGUGGGUGGGAGUCAUUGGAGGAGCUGAGUGCAGGGCUGGAGGCAGGUAGGUGGGCAUCAUUGGAGGGCUGGAGGCAGGUAGGUGGGAAUCAUUGGAGGAGCUGAGUGCAGGGCUGGAGGCAGGUGGGUGGGAGUCAUUGGAGGAGCUGAGUGCAGGGCUGGAGGCAGGUAGGUGGGCAUCAUUGGAGGGCUGGAGGCAGGUGGAUGGGAGUCAUUUGAGGGCUGGAGACAGGUAGGUGGGAAUCAUUGGAGGAGCUGAGUGCAGGGCUGGAGGCAGGUGGGUGGGAUUCCAUGUGCAGUGCUGGGUUACAGGACACUAGAAGGCGUUUCAGUGUAUAUACACUACAUGUCUGUGUUGGCACUUUGCACUUGUCCAUCCCUCCAGCAGCAGCAGCAGCCACAGCAUUACUGGCAGCAUGAAGCAGCUCCUGAGCCCAGUCCUGCUCUCUGUGUUUGCCUUUUUCCUGGGGGUCGUUCAUGGGACCCAUUAUAGGAUGUAUGGAGGCUACCUACCUGCCAGAAGCUAUAACAUGCGCCCAAUAGUCUAUGGCAGUACAGUGUUGCCCCUCUCCAGGCCAAUGCUGUUAAACAGCCCUCCGUAUUCAGCCAACGUGAGAUACAAACCAGAACCCAAGACUCUCCAGGUGACGCAGCCCACAGAACGUGCUUGCAAGAGUCGUCCCAUGGACUUGGUGUUCAUCAUAGACAGUUCCCGUAGUGUGCGUCCCCAGGAAUUUGAGAAAGUCAAGAUAUUCCUCUCAGACAUGAUUGAGACCCUAGAUACUGGCGAAUAUGCGACACGUGUUGCUGUAGUAAAUUACGCCAGCACUGUCAAAACUGAGUUCUAUCUCAAGACCUACUUCAAUAAACCAGAGAUGAAGAAGGCAGUUUCCAUGAUCUCCCCUCUGUCCACUGGUACGAUGACAGGGCUAGCCAUUCAGGCUGCCAUCGAGGAGGUGUUUACUGAGGAGGCAGGAUCACGAAGGGCAGCGCUCAGGAUUCCAAAGGUGGCAAUCAUUGUUACUGAUGGAAGACCUCAGGACAGGGUACAAGACGUUGCUGCAAGAGCACGUGCCAUGAAUAUUGAGAUCUACGCUGUCGGAGUUGACAGGGCAGACAUGAAGUCUCUAAAGCUGAUGGCCAGCGAGCCUCUGGAUGACCAUGUCUUCUACGUGGAGACUUAUGGUGUCAUUGAGAAGCUUACCCUAAAGUUCAGGGAGAGUCUAUGUGGUGUUGAUGUAUGUUCAAUGGGCAGACAUGACUGUGAGCACAUCUGUGUCAGCACGGCAGAUUCCUACUUCUGUAAGUGCCGGGACGGCUACACCCUGAAUCCAGACAAGAAAACAUGCUCACGUAUUGACAUAUGUGCGUUGGGAAGACACGGCUGUGAGCACAUUUGUGUAUCAUCUGAUGGAUCCUACACCUGCAAGUGUCGUAACGGAUACACACUGAACCCAGACAAGAAGACAUGUUCACAGGAAGUUCGAAGAGUUGUUCAAGUAGAAGAUCCCUGCAAGUGUGAAGCCCUUGUUGCCUUCCAGAGGAAAGUCAAUACACACAUCGAGACCUUGACUUCAAAACAUAUCCUUUUGUUCUUGUUUCUGAAAUGUAUGAUAGUCACCCUGGGUGGCUUCAGAAAAUAUGUUUCAUUGGAAGAAAGAAAAUGUUUGAGUGUUCAGAUAGAAAAGGGCCAUUAUGAAAACUGUUGCACUCCUUAA